CAAGGCAGGAUGGAUCCAUGUUUUCAUGAUGUUUCCAGCAGAUUCUCAGCCUAGCAUCUGAGUGUGGAGCAGUUCUCUGGUUUCACCAGCAGAUGGCGGUAACUCGCCUGAAAAGCUGUAAAACUGCGAAGAGGAAGAAACGGAAGCUUGAAUCUUUUUUCUGCUUUUCUCUGCAGCAGCUCAGGAUGGACCUGUCCAGCCGGCUGGCGGUGUGGCAGCAGCUGGCGGAGAGCUGUGGACUCAGCACUGUCCAGCAGAGCGUCCAGCAGGUGUGGAUGCUGCUGCUGCUCUGCCUCGUCUGCAGACUCUGCUUCAGGCUGGGAGUGGGGUCGAGUGUGAAGCACGCGGUGUCGGCGUUGGCCGGGAUGUACGGCCUCUUCCUGUUCUUCGAGCUGCACAUGCUCUGGGUGCUGCUGCUCGGUGUCCUCUGUUACCUCAUCCUGCUGCUCAGCAGACACUCCAGCAGCAGAGGCCUCUUCCUCUCAGCUGUCAUCCUCGUCUACCUCCUCAUUGGAGAGUUACAUGUCAUCGACGUGGUGACCUGGCAUAAAAUCAGAGGCUCCCAGAUGGUGGUGGCCAUGAAGGCCAUUUCUCUGGCCUUUGACCUGGACAGGAAAGCCGUGGACAUCCUGCCCUCCCCGGCUGAGUUCCUGGGCUACGUUCUCUUUGUGGGCACUGUUGUCUUCGGCCCCUGGAUCAGCUUCUCCACUUAUAGGAACGCCGUUGAUGGAGCCAAACUGAGCUGGUUGUGGCUCCACACGUCCGUCUUCAACCUCCUGAAAAGCCAGAUCUGCCUGCUGGUGUCCACCUGCGUCGCCCCGUACCUGUUCCCCUUGUUCAUCCCGGUCUACGGGAACUCGGUCACGCAGAAGUGGCUGCAUGCCUACGAGAACGCCGUGUCCUUCCACUUCAGCAACUACUUCGUGGGUCACCUGAGCGAAGGGACCUGCGUGUUGGCUGGAGCCGGCUUCACAGAGGAAAAAGACCACACCCGAUGGAAUAUGCGGGUGGUGGAUCCCUUCAGCGUGGAAAUGCCCCGCUCCAUGGUGCUGGUGGUGACAUCCUGGAACAUCCCAAUGUCCCGCUGGCUGAAAACCUAUGUCUUUAAAAAUGCCAUGAAGCUGGGAACCUUUCCUGCCAUCCUGGUGACGUACACCGCCAGCGCCCUGCUACAUGUUAGUAAAACCAUGGAAACCAGUUCAAUACGCAGCAGACCAGGACGGGGCCUGAGUUUCCACCUGGGAGCCGUCCUGCUCUCGCUGGGGUUCAUCACGUAUGUGGAACACGUUCUGAGGAAGAAGCUUGCGUCCAUCUUCAGCGCCUGCAUCCUGUCCAGGCCCUGCAGCUCUGACUGCAGCCAUCAGCACAAGAAGAAUUAUUGGGUGAUGAUGCUGAACCUGAUCUUCAGCUUGCUGGUCGUCUUCCAUCUCACCUACCUGGGCUCCAUGUUUGAUCCUGGAAGCGACGAACUGGAAGCAGAAGAGGGUUACACAGCCAUCCAUACCAUCCAGAGGUGGUCCGAGCUGAACUGGGCGAGCCACUGGGUUGUGUUCGCUUGCUGGGUCUUGUAUCGUUUAAUUCAGUGACGUCAUUCCAGCAGAUGGGAAAGCUGACAGAUACUAAGGACGAUAUCACCCGACAGCCAGUGGACAUUAGGAUGGUUUUCUGAUGGGUCUGAAAGACGGAGUUUUACUUAAAAUCAGAGCAAAGCAGAAAUAAAUCUACUUUCUGAGUUUGUCACAUCAGAAACAAAAGUGUUAUUAAGCAUCUGGCCAAACACUGACCAGCCUAAAGGACCACGUGAACAAGAUUAAGUCUCACAAUUAUAAAAAAAGACCAGAGCUGUUAUUACCAGACCAGCUUGUCGAAGUAGAGGUGUUUUUAAUUAAAACUGCUGUUUAAUCAGUCAUGCAGGUGGCGUAACGGACACGUUUCUGUAAAAUCAGGUUGUUUGGAAGAGUUACAACAUUAAACUGCAGAGCUUGCAUUGUCAUGAGCACACCAGCGAAUGAGGAGACUCUAUCUGGUAGUCACAGAGGUGUUUACGUUAAAAUCCUUUAAAUAAAGUUAGAAACCCUCCAAAAACAACUAUCAUCUGGAGAAAAACUGAAUCCACAGAGCGUCGUCUGAUUGGUGUAGUCCUCAAACCUCCACCAUACAACACUCCAUAACUUCAGUGCAUCCGUGCUCAUGCACUCCCCCAGGAGCACGGUACAAUGUUUACCUCAAUCCACCGAACAUACAUCUGAUUCUCUGAGCUGGUGCGUUGCCAGUUCUGCCAUGAAGCCACGUUUCAGCUUCACUCUAACAAAAUAAACCAGGUUUCCCUUUUUCUCAUUAAUUAUCUGCAGUUUAAGUAGACUCGCAAAGUCUGCAGAUGUUGGCAUCUGGACACUGUUCCUGUGAGGAAAGCAGAACUGUUAGCUAGCUAGAUGCUAGUCUGAAGCUAGCUAGCUACUUGGUGGUAUAGAGAAUGUGUAUCUGGCGUCGCUGCGGCUUUGGCCACCAUGUUGAGGGAAUCCUGCGAUUGUUUACGUCUCCUUCCAAGCUGAUAAACAAUGAAUGAAGUUCAGGUUUAGAUGUUUCCACCUGCUUCAGUCGCAGACAUCAGCGUUUACCUGGUGUUUGGUGGAAGUUCCUGCACCUGUCAUCAGUUUAUAAACUGCGGAUCAUUAAAUGUUCAUGCAGACGUUUUAACAGAUGAGUUAAAACCUUCCAGUCUACAAACUGUCGGCUUCACCAUCAUAAAUGUAAAGUUAAUGUUCACCAAGGUCACCACGCACAGAACUGUGGGAUUGGUCCCAGAGACCGGUGGACAUGUCCCAGACACCGGUGGACACAUCCCAGAGACCGGUGGACACGUCCUAGACACCGGUGGACACGUCCCAGAGACUUGAGGAUACGUCCUAGAGACCGGUGGACACGUCCCCGAGACCAGUGGACUUGUGCAGAAACUUUUCCAGCUGAUCUGCUUCUGGCUGAACGUGGGUUGGAUAUAACGGACAGUUUAUGUGAGCAGAAGUAAAGAUGGCUGCAUUUUGAAGGUGUCAGCUAGAUGAACGGACGAUGAGAGAACAGGUGAGGUGGUUCACCUGAGAUUCCAGGUAGGAAGGCUUCCUGCUGCAGGGUUUUACAUCUGGAUGUACAGACUUUCCACCACCAGGUUGGGUAGUUUGUUCUCUGGUUAACUGUUUAUUUCAGAGGUUUCAGACUGGAACUGACACCACGUCCAGGUUUUUGGUUUCUUUUGUUCUUGUAAUAAAUAAAUAAAUCUACUUCCACAUA